GCGGCAUAGGGAGAAGGAAAAUCGUGGAGGAAGAAAAGGGAAACAAACGGCCAAACGCCUAUAAUAUCUCCCUUUUUUGGUGGGAUGGGUUUUCUUCUUCUUCUAUGCUUCUUGCGGCUCUGCUUUCUGGUGAAGGGUGUGCUGGUGCCAUCUCGAUUACCGUAUCUGACCAACCUUAAUCCACGCCGCAUCGACAAACACAACCCCCUGGCUUAGGCUUCUCGCAAUUCUUGGGAUCCCCGAUGAACUCGCUAACCCCUCCUCCUGUCCUCGAACCCGAUCUUGAACGACGCUGCGUUUCAUCUACAGCACGUGUGACCAAACAUCAGUUGAACCGACGUUGACCGAUAGGGUGCUGUGGACCAUGCCUACCGUCCCUGUGCCCACCAGCUCCGCUGCCGCCUCCCCAGUUCCUUACAAUGUCCGGGUACAAACCCCGCCUCGGAAAACCUCUGGAGCCUCCACUCCCUUGAAUGGAUCUUUUGGUCCGAAGGGGAGUGGAGUUGCCGGGAUGGAAGUAACGGAAGGAAUAGGGGGAGGUAACGCCGACACUUUGCCCAUGGAUGGGCAGCUAUUUGUUCUCUGUGAUCCGGUAAGAUUUCCCGUGGGGUUCUCCAGAGCUUCCUUCAUGAUGCUGACACCGGAAAAAAGGUAGCUUUUCGCUACUUGGAAGAGGAGACUUGCACUACCGUUGUACAUCGCCACCGCACGCUUCCCGGCUACGAGGUUUACUUUGUCGAACAGUGGGCUUGCUCUCGUAUUCACCCUACCUUUGUCGUUUCGACCUAUACCGGCGAUCCCAGUCAUGUUAUUACAAUCGGCGUCCUCAAUAUACCUCGUGAUGAGUCCCAGUGGUCGCCGCGGUUACGCGUAUACUUCAGAGCUGUUACCAAUUUCCACGCCCGACCGAAGGAAACCCCGUAUGGGAAGCUCAUGGUAACGAACCUAUCGACAUUUCCGAGCGCGUUAACGGUCAUUCCGGUCCCCGAUGGAGAUGUGAGGCUACAUAGGGAGGACUUUAUUGUCAAUGAAGAUUUGAAGAGAAUGGGAUGCUCGGGGAGGUCUGCCUUAAACUUGCGCAUGCCUGCAGACGCUAGUCAAACGAAAUUUCAUCAACUUUAUAAAACCUCGGAUAAAAUUCCACUUUACACUUCUGUUAUGGAGCUUGUCCGGUUGUGCCAGGUUGCGUUGACUUUAUUUGAAAGGUUGAAGCCGGAGUAUGCGGAUGGGCUGCUGUGCGAUAUUACCGAAAGGGGGAUAUAUGAUUGGUGGACAGAAUUUGGUACGGAGUUUUACAAUAUCGAGCCGAGUGAUGGGACACUUGGACCCACGACGGUUGCCGCAUUACUAGGCAUGGUACUCGGUGCGAAGAAUAGACUUUCAUCUUUUGGCGCUCCGGUACCCAAAGAUGCUUUUGAUUUGCCGCAGUUAAAGAAGGCGAUAUAUCAUUUCCAGCGACAACAGAGGAUACCUAGGACUAGGAGACUAGAUAGGGAGACUAUGGAUAGACUACAGAAGGCUGCUAUGAAGAAUGGGGGUGGGGCAACGUCAGGAGACAUCUUUGCGGUCCCGAGGGCUAUCAAAAGCACUGUCGUUGAUCUAGGUGGAAGGGCUGUUGGUAACAGUUCUGCGAAAGUAGAGGGGACCAGCGUCGAAACAGUAGACAUAGAGAAGUUUUCUUCACACUUGAGCGGCGAACGGUGCAAAUACCUGUGGCAGGGAAAGCCGCGAAAGAGCCAGUCUAUUACUGGCAUUGGAGUUGGCGGGAGUGCGGGCACUCAGACUCCGCCGGCGGCAGUUAGCUUGAGCAGAAGAAAUAGUGUUGGCGGAGGGAGCAUUAGCGAAAAUGAGAGCAUGACUCGGUAUUCCGGAGAAUUUACUGCUGCUGGAUAUCAUGCAGUGGGCAACCCGACGAGCAACUCGUUCGGUAGCUGUGGUGGGGGCUCUGCGACAAGCCCUGGGCCAAGGGAAAGGGAUAACGAAGGGAAAGACAUCUCAGACCUGAGGAAGGCUGUUUUUAAGGGUAUGUCCGGGCGAAUGAAGGGCAUGAAAGAUGUUGCCUCGGCCGGUGCCGAUUAUGUUAGAGGGCGUGGGCACCACGGGCGAUCAUAUCUGAAGGAUUUCGGCGUCUACGAAGAUUCGACAGAACAUACUGGGACAGCAACGCCUCUGUCUGGCCUCAGAGAAUCGGAGAGGGAUGGGGGGGAGCAUAAGGGACCGAGCGAGCGUUCUGUCACCUCCUUCUUAAAGUUACCUUUUCACACCGACAGUCCCGUCGGUAGCGGCCCUGGGAAUAUCAACUUCUUGAGCGUCGUGUCGGGCGAUGGCGGUGUUGCAGUCGGAAAUCACAGCGCCGCGGCGAGCAUGUAUAGAGAAGGAACGGAUGGUGAGGAAGAUGACGACGGGGAGGAGUUUGUGGAUGCAAACUUGCCAGGACGUCAAUGGAUAGAUUACGACGAAGGCAGGAUAUUAGAGUGUGGGAGGAAGAGAAACAAGAGCUUUUCCGAGUAUCUGAGGAAGCGCUACGAAGUCCGGCACGAGGAAUAUUGGCCAAGAAGAUUGAGUUUCUCAGUCGCGGAGGAGGCAGUAUUGGAUACUGGGCUGCUGCCCUCUCUCCAUGACGACAAACAGGAUGAAAGCGAUUUGGCGCUAGAUACCCUCUCUCGCCAUGCUCCAAACCUCCAAACCCUACUUGCGGACGACCGCGUUUCAGAGUGGACAGAUCGCAAGUUGGCUACGCUUGAGAAAAUCUUUGCUUAUCUGGACUCUAGUGCCGGUAAACUCGAGGGUGACUUACGCCAGGGAUCGGAGGCGGUGAAUUCAAUGGGAGAGGCAACAAGGGAUAUGAUUGAUCGCCAAACAAUGAUCCUGAAGGCGGCAGUGAGGGAGGUGGAGGCCUUGGGCGCUAGGCUGCAAUAUGAAUUAGGCAGCGUGCGAGGCCAAAUGGCAGACGUGGAGGACGCAGUGGACGGUUUCGGAAGGAAUGUUGAGGAGGUUGAGGAGAGAGCCUUGGGCCUCGGGGAGGCUGUAGAGCGGGGAUGGGGGGAAUGGUUACUUGCGAUUGUGUUCGGUAUCAGGAGGAGGUAACUGAAGGGCCAUAUAUGUGAUGCCCUGUUUCCGAAACAUAGAAUUUCUUUUGCGUGGUAUGGGAGGGGUCGGUUGUUCUCUAGGCGCGGUGGGAGUUUCUGUUUUUGUAGCAUUUUUGUACCCAUUAAUUUAUUAAUCGCUUGGUAAGGAGGUGGGGGGAUAGUUGGGGUGGGGCAUUCUUUCUUUCCUACUUUCCUUUUUUGUGUAUUGCUACUCCAUUCGGGCUUUGGUGGGUGGUUCAAACCAAGGUAUUCGGGGAAUUGAAGCGAUCACUGCAACAUAUCAUGUGUUCUGCUCUUCAAACGCCAAUUGUUCUGGGGUCGCGGGGAGGAUGAUAUGUGAUGAGUGCAUAUAUAGUACAGAAAGAAAGAAGAAAAGAAAAAGG